UAACACUAGUCAUUCAUUUACCUUGAUCUGAAGCCCUAUCCACCAUGGUCUCUGUCAAGUUUAUCACUGCCAUCACCCUUGCAUUGGCUGCCACUGUCUCUGCUGCUCCCGCUUCCCAUGGCCAUAAGACCCCUAGCCACCACCAAAAGUUGGUUCAUGGAAAGUACUUUGACCGUUUCAUGAUCGUUGUCUUGGAGAAUCAGGACUACGAGGCCGUCGUUGCUGAUCCCUACUUUGGAUCUCUCGCCAAGAAGCACCACGGUAACUUGCUUACCAACUACCUUGCCACCACACAUCCUAGCGAGCCCAACUACAUUGCUAUGAUCGGUGGUUCCACCUUUGGCAACGAUGAUGACAGUGAUGUUUCCUACAAUGAAAAAUCCAUCGUCGAUAUUUUGGAGCCCAGAGGUAUCUCCUGGAAGGAGUACGCCGAGGAUUACAUUCCCGGCCCUAACGGUGACUGUGCCAUGGACAGCGCUCAAUCCAAAAACGUCUACCGUCGCAAGCACAACCCCUUCAUCAGCUUCUCCACUGUCACCUCCAACCCUGCUCGUUGCAAGAACAUCGUUCCUGGUAGCCAGUUGGCUGUCGAUCUUAAGGCCAAAAACCUUCCUCAAUUCAUGUUCUACACCCCCAACAUGAACAACGACGGUCACGACACCACCUUGGCUUAUGCCUCCAACUGGACUCACAGCUUCAUUGAGCCUCUCUUGGCCAACAAGGACUUCACCAAGGACACUGCCGUCCUUUUGACCUGGGACGAGAGCAAGAACUACAGCAACACCGACCAAGUUUGGUCCGUUCUCGUUGGAGGUGCCGUUAAGGCCAAGCGCAACAACGUCGAUAACACCAAGUACAACCAUUAUUCCAUCCUUGCUACCAUCGAGAAGAACUGGAAGUUGCACAACUUGGGUCAAAACGACGCCAACGCCACUGCCUUCAAGUGGUAAACAUUUAACAUAAUUCAGCAGCAGGGGUAGCUGCAGUGUGUCCACAACCUUACGCAUAUAAAGAUCAUAUGAGAGCAAAACGUGCUGAGCAUUAUUAUGACCUCCGGCAUCCGCGUUAAUUUUAUUUAUCCCCCACCGUAACAAUAAAUUAUCUCGAUGAAUCUUAUUGAAAAUUUA